ACAAAAUGGCGGCGGCGGCGGCGUCGCUUUGUUUCCGCGGCUCCUGCGGAGGUGGCAGCGGUGGCGGCCUUUGAGCUGUGGGGAGGAUCCAGCGCCAGCUGUAGUGACGACUAAGAGUCCAGUGCAUUUCUAUCGUAACUGGGCACCGGGGAGCGCAGAGUGGCGCCCUACGGUCGCUGAAGCCGACAAGGCAUUGAAGCGAAAACAUGACUGCUGAGCCCAUGAGAUAACCCUCCUUCCAUCACUUCACAGUAAUUCAUGAGCUGCAACCCUUCUGAUGCCCACUUCCACAAGCAAACUUCAGGUCUUUUUCAAGAGUGGAUGCACUUAAUAGCUGGAGACAGAACUGAUUAGGUAUCAAUUUCAUGAAAAGAGUGAAAGCAAGUUGAAUACAUUGGUGCAGAAGCUUCAUGACUUUCUGGCACACUCAUCAGAAGAAUCUGAAGAAACAAGUUCUCCUCCAAGACUUGCGAUGAACCAAAGCACAGAUAAAGUCAGUGGUUCUGGAAAUAACUCUGAUAUGAUGGAAAACAGCAAGGAAGAGGGAGCUAGCUCUUCAGAAAAAUCCAAAUCAUCAGGAUCAUCACGAUCAAAGAGGAAACCUUCAAUUGUAACAAAGUAUGUAGAAUCUGAUGAUGAAAAACCUUUGGAUGAAACUGUAAAUGAAGAUGCUUCUAAUGAAAAUUCAGAAAAUGAUAUUACUAUGCAAAGCUUGCCAAAAGGUACAGUGAUUGUACAACCAGAGCCAGUGCUGAAUGAAGACAAAGAUGAUUUUAAAGGGCCUGAAUUUAGAAGCAGAAGUAAAAUGAAAACUGAAAAUCUCAAAAAACGCGGAGAAGAUGGGCUUCAUGGGAUUGUGAGCUGUACCGCUUGUGGACAACAGGUCAAUCAUUUUCAAAAAGAUUCCAUUUAUAGACAUCCUUCACUGCAAGUACUUAUUUGUAAGAAUUGCUUUAAAUAUUACAUGAGUGAUGAUAUUAGCCGUGACUCAGAUGGAAUGGAUGAACAGUGUAGAUGGUGUGCAGAAGGUGGAAACUUGAUUUGUUGUGACUUUUGCCAUAAUGCCUUCUGCAAGAAAUGCAUUCUACGCAACCUUGGUCGAAAGGAGCUGUCUACAAUAAUGGAUGAAAACAACCAAUGGUAUUGCUACAUUUGUCACCCGGAGCCUUUGUUGGAUUUGGUCACAGCAUGUAACAGCGUAUUUGAAAACUUAGAACAGUUGUUGCAACAAAAUAAGAAGAAGAUAAAAGUUGACAAUGAAAAGAGUAGUAAAGUAUAUGACCAUACACCCAGAUUUUCUCCAAAGAAAAACAGUUCAAAUUGUAAUGGAGAAGAAAAGAAAUUAGAUGAUUCAUGUUCUGGUUCUGUAACCUACUCUUAUUCAGCACUAAUUGUGCCCAAGGAGAUGAUUAAGAAGGCAAAGAAACUGAUUGAGACUACUGCCAACAUGAACUCCAGUUACGUUAAGUUUUUGAAGCAGGCAACAGAUAAUUCAGAAAUCAAUUCUGCUACAAAGUUACGUCAGCUUAAGGCUUUUAAAUCUGUGUUGGCUGAUAUCAAGAAAGCUCAUCUUGCGUUAGAAGAAGAUUUGAAUUCAGAGAUUCGAGCUUUGGAUGCUGUAAACAAAGAGAAAAAUACCAAAGAGCAUAAAGUCAUAGAUGCUAAGUCUGAAACAAAAGUACGAAAAGGAGAAAAACCCUGUGCUUUGGAAAGGAAGGAUAUUUCAAAAUCAGAAGCUAAACUGUCAAGAAAGCAGGUAGAUAGUGAGCAUGUGGAUCAGAGUGUUGCAGUAGAGGAACAAAGAGCAAAUAAAAAUCCCAGUGGUGAACAUAAAAAAUCUGAUAAAAAAGAAGAACCUCAGUAUGAACCUGCUAACACUUCUGAAGACUUAGACAUGGAUAUUGUGUCUGUUCCUUCCUCAGUUCCAGAAGACAUUUUUGAGAAUCUUGAGACUGCUAUGGAAGUUCAGAGUUCAGCAGAUUAUCAGGGAGAUGGCAACAGUGGAACUGAGCAAGAACUGGAGAGUUCUGUAAAAUUAAAUAUUACUUCAAAAGACAACAGAGGAGGUAUUAAAUCAAAAGCAACAGCUAAAGUAACAAAAGAAUUAUAUGUUAAACUCACCCCUGUUUCCCUUUCUAAUUCCCCAAUUAAAGGUGCUGAUUGUCAGGAAGUUCCACAAGAUAAAGAUAGCUAUAGAAGUUCUUGUCUGAACCCCAAGCUGGAGAACUGUGGACUUGAACAAGAAAAGAAUGAUAAUGAGCAUUUGGUUGAAAGUGAAGUUCCAUUACUUUCAGAAGAAUCUGAUCUUCGAAGAUCCCCACGUGUAAAGACUACACCCUUGAGGCGACAGACAGAAACCAACCCUACAACAUUUAAUUCAGAUGAAGAAAAUAAUGACACCAUUAAGGAGAAACAAAAACUAUCAGUUUCAAUGAGAAAAAAGGAUAAGCGGAAUUCUUCUGACAGUGCUAUAGAUAAUCCUAAACCUAAUAAAUUGCCUAAAUCUAAGCAGUCAGAGACUGUGGAUCAAAAUUCAGAUUCUGAUGAAAUGCUAGCAAUCCUCAAAGAAGUAUCCAGGAUGAGUCACAGUUCUUCUUCAGAUACUGAUAUUAAUGAACCUCAUACAAAUCAUGAGAAGACUUUGUAUGAUGUAAAGACUCAAACAGGGAAAGAUGAUAAAGGAAAAAGGAAACGAAAAAGUUCUACUUCUGGCUCAGAUUUUGAUAUUAAAAAAGGCAAAUCAGCUAAAAGGUCUAUCAUUUCUAAAAAGAAACGACAAAACCAGUCUGAAUCUUCUAAUUAUGACUCAGAAUUAGAAAAAGAGAUAAAGAGUAUGAGUAAAAUUGGGGCUGCCAGAACAACAACAAAAAGAGUUCCAAAUAAAGAAGAUUAUGAUUCUUCUGAAGAUGAAAAACACAGCAAAAAAGGAAUGGAUAAUCAAGGUCAGAAAAGUUUGAGGACUGCCCAGGAAGGAUCAUCUGAUGAUGCUGAAAGGAAAGAAGAGAGAGAGAAUUUCUCUUCAGCAGAAGGCAUAGUUGAUAAAGACAAGACUAUCACGGAAUUGAGAGAUCGACUCUCUAAGAAGCAGCAGCCAAGUGUUUCCUCAGAUGGUGCUGAUAAGCUUUCUUCUGGGAAAGAGGAGAGUUUUAAUUCUCCAGAAGACAAAAAGGUUGCUGAAACUAAAGAAAAGGCUAUGUAUCUGAAAACCAAAAUGUGUAAGAAAGUACAAGGUGGCUUAUCUGAUGUUGCUGAGAAGUUCCCAAAGAAAGAACAGAGUGAUGAAUCCUCUGAAGAUGAUAACAAGCAGAGCAAAAAGGGAACUGAAGAAAAAGAAAAGAAAACUACAGACUUGAAGAAAAAAGUAAUUAAGAUGGAACAACAGUAUGAAUCAUCAUCUGAUAGCACUGAGAAAUUACCCGAGGGAGAAGAAAUUUGUCAUUUUCCUAAAGGCAUAAAGCAAAAUAAGAAUGACACAACUGAUGGGGAAAAGAAGAGUAAAAAAAUAAAAGAUAAAACUUCUAAAAAGAAGGAUGAAUUAUCCGAUAAUGCUGAGAAGUUACCAGGGAAAAGAGAUAGUUGUGAUUCUUCCGAAGAUAAGAGGAGUAAGAAUGGAACAUCCAGUCGAGAGAAGAAAAGGUGCAACUUACCUGAAAAGAGUUCAAGGAAGAGACAAGAUUGUUCGUCAUCUGAUACUGAGAAAUAUUCCAUGAAAGAAGAUGGUUGUGAUUCUUCUGAUAAGAGACCGAAAAGAAUUGAAUUAAGGGAAAGAAGAAAUUUAAAUUCAAAGAGAAAUACCAAGGAAGUACAAAAUGGCUCAUCAUCUUCUGAUGUUGAGGAAAGUUCCGAAGAUAAUAAAAAGCUGAAGAAACAAAGAGCUUCAGCUAAAAAGAAGGCAGGCAAUAUGAAGGAGAAAAUGAGAAACUCCCUAAGAACAAGCACUAAAAGGAAGCAGGCUGACAUUUCUUCCUCAUCUUCUUCUGACAUAGGAGAUGAUGAUCAGAAUUCUGUAGGUGAGGGGAGCAGUGAUGAGCAGAAAAUAAAGCCUGUGACUGAAAAUUUAGUGCUGUCUUCACAUACUGGAUUUUGUCAAUCUUCAGGAGAUGAAGCCUUAUCUAAAUCAAUGCCUGUCACAGUGGAUGAUGACGACGAUGACAAUGAUCCUGAGAAUAGAAUUGCCAAGAAGAUGCUUUUAGAAGAAAUUAAAGCCAAUCUUUCCUCCGAUGAGGAUGGAUCUUCAGAUGAUGAAUCAGAAGAAGGGAAAAAAAGAACUGGAAAACACAAUGAAGAAAACCCUGGAGAUGAGGAAGCAAAAAAUCAAGUCAAUUCUGAAUCAGAUUCAGAUUCUGAAGAAUCUAAGAAGCCGAGAUACAGACAUAGGCUUUUGAGGCACAAGCUGACUGUGAGUGAUGGAGAAUCUGGAGAAGAAAAAAAGACGAAGCCUAAAGAGCACAAAGAAGCCAAAGGCAGAAAUAGAAGGAAGGUGAGCAGUGAAGAUUCUGAAGAUUCUGAUUUUCAGGAAUCAGGAGUUAGUGAAGAAGUUAGUGAAUCUGAAGAUGAACAACGGCCGAGAACACGGUCUGCAAAGAAAGCAGAGUUGGAAGAAAAUCAGCGAAGUUAUAAACAGAAAAAGAAAAGGCGACGCAUUAAGGUUCAAGAAGAUUCAUCCAGUGAAGACAAGAGUAAUUCUGAAGAAGAUGAUAAAGAAGAAGAUGAAGAAGAAGAAGAAGAAGAAGAUGAAAAUGAUGAUUCCAAGUCUCCUGGAAAAGGCAGAAAGAAAAUUCGAAAGAUUCUUAAAGAUGAUAAACUAAGAACAGAAACACAAAAUGCUCUUAAGGAAGAGGAAGAGAGACGAAAGCGUAUUGCUGAGCGGGAGCGUGAGCGAGAGAAAUUGAGAGAGGUGAUAGAAAUUGAAGAUGCUUCACCCACUAAGUGUCCAAUAACAACCAAGUUGGUUUUAGAUGAAGAUGAAGAAACCAAAGAACCUUUAGUGCAGGUUCAUAGAAAUAUGGUUAUCAAAUUGAAACCCCAUCAAGUAGAUGGUGUUCAGUUUAUGUGGGAUUGCUGCUGUGAGUCUGUAAAAAAAACAAAGAAAUCUCCAGGUUCAGGAUGCAUUCUCGCCCACUGCAUGGGCCUUGGUAAGACUUUACAGGUGGUAAGCUUUCUUCAUACGGUUCUUUUGUGUGACAAAUUGGAUUUCAGCACAGCUUUAGUGGUUUGUCCUCUUAAUACUGCUUUGAAUUGGAUGAAUGAAUUUGAGAAGUGGCAAGAGGGAUUAAAAGAUGAUGAGAAGCUUGAGGUCUCUGAAUUAGCAACUGUGAAACGUCCUCAGGAGAGAAGCUACAUGCUGCAGAGAUGGCAAGAAGAUGGUGGUGUUAUGAUCAUAGGCUAUGAGAUGUACAGAAAUCUUGCUCAAGGAAGGAAUGUGAAGAGUAGGAAACUUAAAGAAAUAUUUAACAAAGCUUUGGUUGAUCCAGGCCCUGACUUUGUUGUUUGUGAUGAAGGCCAUAUUCUAAAAAAUGAAGCAUCUGCUGUUUCAAAAGCUAUGAAUUCUAUACGAUCAAGGAGGAGGAUUAUUUUAACGGGAACCCCACUUCAAAAUAACCUAAUUGAGUAUCAUUGCAUGGUUAACUUUAUCAAAGAAAAUUUGCUUGGAUCCAUUAAGGAGUUCAGGAAUCGAUUUAUAAAUCCAAUCCAAAAUGGUCAGUGUGCAGAUUCUACCAUGGUAGAUGUCAGAGUAAUGAAAAAACGUGCUCACAUUCUCUAUGAAAUGUUAGCUGGAUGUGUUCAGAGGAAAGAUUAUACAGCAUUAACAAAGUUCUUGCCUCCAAAACAUGAAUACGUGUUAGCUGUGAGAAUGACUCCUAUUCAGUGCAAACUCUAUCAGUACUACUUAGAUCACUUGACAGGUGUAGGUAAUAGCAGUGAAGGUGGCAGAGGAAAGGCAGGUGCAAAACUUUUCCAAGAUUUUCAGAUGUUAAGUAGAAUCUGGACUCAUCCUUGGUGUUUGCAGCUGGACUACAUUAGCAAAGAAAAUAAGGGAUAUUUUGAUGAAGACAGUAUGGAUGAAUUUAUAGCUUCAGAUUCUGAAGAAACCUCCAUGAGUUUAAGCUCUGAUGAUUAUACAAAAAAGAAGAAAACAAAGGGGAAAAAGGGGAAAAAAGAUAGUAGCUCAAGUGGAAGCGGCAGUGACAAUGAUGUUGAAGUGAUUAAAGUCUGGAAUUCAAGAUCUCGAGGAGGUGGUGAAGGAAAUGUGGAUGAAACAGGAAACAAUCCCUCAGUUUCUUUAAAGCUGGAAGAAAGUAAAGCUACUUCCUCUUCUAAUCCAAGCAGCCCAGCUCCAGACUGGUACAAAGAUUUUGUUACAGAUGCUGAUGCUGAAGUUUUAGAGCAUUCUGGAAAAAUGGUACUUCUCUUUGAAAUCCUUCGAAUGGCAGAGGAAAUUGGGGAUAAAGUCCUUGUUUUCAGCCAGUCUCUCAUAUCUCUGGACUUGAUUGAAGAUUUUCUUGAAUUGGCUAGUAGGGAGAAGACAGAAGAUAAAGAUAAACCUCUUAUUUAUAAGGGUGAAGGGAAGUGGCUCCGAAACAUAGACUAUUACCGUUUAGAUGGUUCUACAACUGCUCAAUCAAGGAAAAAAUGGGCUGAAGAAUUUAAUGAUGAAACUAAUGUGAGAGGGCGAUUGUUUAUCAUUUCGACCAAAGCAGGAUCUCUUGGAAUUAAUCUGGUAGCUGCUAAUCGAGUGAUUAUAUUUGAUGCUUCUUGGAAUCCAUCUUAUGACAUCCAGAGUAUAUUCAGAGUUUAUCGCUUUGGACAAACUAAACCUGUGUAUGUAUAUAGGUUCUUAGCUCAGGGAACCAUGGAAGAUAAGAUUUAUGAUCGGCAAGUAACUAAGCAGUCACUGUCUUUUCGAGUUGUUGAUCAACAGCAAGUUGAACGUCAUUUUACCAUGAAUGAGCUUACUGAACUUUAUACCUUUGAGCCAGACUUGUUAGAUGACCCUAAUUCAGAAAAGAAGAAGAAAAGGGAUACUCCCAUGCUGCCAAAGGACACCAUACUUGCAGAACUUCUUCAAAUACAUAAAGAACACAUUGUAGGAUAUCAUGAACAUGAUUCUCUUUUGGACCACAAAGAAGAAGAAGAGUUGACUGAAGAAGAAAGAAAAGCAGCUUGGGCUGAGUAUGAAGCAGAGAAGAAGGGACUGACCAUGCGUUUCAACAUACCAACUGGGACCAAUUUACCCCCUGUCAGUUUCAACUCUCAAACUCCUUAUAUUCCUUUCAAUUUGGGAGCCCUGUCAGCAAUGAGUAAUCAACAGCUGGAGGACCUCAUUAAUCAAGGAAGAGAAAAAGUUGUGGAAGCAACAAACAGUGUGACAGCAGUGAGGAUUCAGCCUCUUGAAGAUAUAAUUUCAGCUGUAUGGAAGGAAAACAUGAAUCUCUCGGAGGCCCAGGUACAGGCGUUAGCAUUAAGUAGACAAGCCAGCCAGGAGCUUGAUGUUAAACGAAGAGAAGCAAUCUACAAUGACGUAUUGACAAAACAACAGAUGUUAAUCAGCUGUGUUCAGCGAAUACUUAUGAACCGAAGGCUCCAGCAGCAGUACAAUCAGCAGCAACAGCAGCAAAUGACUUAUCAACAAGCAACACUGGGUCACCUCAUGAUGCCAAAGCCUCCAAAUUUAAUCAUGAAUCCUUCUAACUACCAGCAGAUUGAUAUGAGAGGAAUGUAUCAGUCAGUGGCUGGUGGUAUGCAGCCACCACCAUUACAGCGUGCACCACCCCCAAUGAGAAGCAAAAAUCCAGGACCUUCCCAAGGGAAAUCAAUGUGAUUUUGCACUAAAAGCUUAAAAGAUUGCUAAAAUCAUAGAAAGAUCUUUUAUUUUUUUAGGAAUCAAUGACUUAACAGAACUCAACUGUAUAAAUAGUUUGGUCCCCUUAAAUGGCAAUUUUCCAUAUUAGUUUUAAAUUUUUUUUAAUAGGGCAUACCAUUUCUUCCUGACAUUUGUCAGUGAUGUUGCCUAGAAUCUUCUUACACACACUGAGUACAGAAGAUCUUUCAAAUUGUUUUCAGUGAAAACAAGUCCUUCCAUAACAGUAACAACUCCACAGAUUUCCUCUCUAAAUUUUUAUGCCUGCUUUUAGUGACCAUAAAAUUGUCAUAAAAUUAAUGAAUUUAUGAAAGAAUACAGAUUUAUAUAUUCAUUCUUUACAUAUAAAAACACACAGCUGAGUUCUUAGAGUUGAUUCCUCAAGUUAUGAAAUACUUUUGUAUGUAUUA